UUGUCUAUUGUUAAAUUCCAGAGAUUGGGGUAUUAAUUCAUUAACUGAAGAAAAGUGUAUGUUCAUGGAAGUAGGCCGAAUCAGACGAGUCUCGCGCAUUUUAAAGGCGUCUCCCAGACGCCCGCAAAUAUAGGCCCAUACAAUAACUUCCAAAUAGGCCUGAAGGCCUACAAUAUCCAGAACGAUAGUUCAUUCUCCGACCUCAUUAGGCAUUAUCUGGGAAGACGCAUAUAGAAGGGAUGUAUCACAAAGUAUUGACUAAAAGAGUGCCAAUAAUUGUGCAACACAUAUUUAACAAAAAACCUUUGGUAGAGAUAAAUCGGUGUUGUGUUUGCAACUGUUUGAUAUCAAUGAUAUAUUAUAUUGCUCAUAUUUAUAUAGGGUGAACCGUUAUUUAAUGUUUCACUUUUUUGCUAUUUUGGAGUAGAGGCCUGUCUUGAUAGGUCUGGGUGGGGGGGUUUAUGUUAGGCCUAACUCAGCAUACAUACUUCAGGUCGACACCGUGUUACAGUCUGGAGCCUCCCUUGCCAAGUCUUAUAGUGUAUGAAGCUGAACAUCAUACCUACAGAGUAAGAUAGAUUCAAACAUUCACAGAAAGGCUGAGACCAAGUAUUGGGGGCAGGGACUCAGAUCCUUGCCGACUCAAUCGUCCAAGGUAGAAUAAUAUUACUAUAUUCCUCUACAGGGCGGCGGCUUCAUUCUAACUACUAAUUUUUGUUUUUGUUGGCGGGAGGGAGAGUGAAUAUCAGAAACGGCUAAAGGAGAUUUUGGCUUUGUAUGAAAUGGUUUCACACAAAAUACCUUUCUGGAUGCUUCUAGUUGUUGUAGCAUUUUCAGCAAUUAAAGAAAGCAUGGUCCAUUUGUCCUGUCACUUACAGAAAACAGUGGAUGGAAACUUUAAAUACCAAAUAGAUGCCAGAAAUGCCACUGAUAUAGAAAUCUCACUCUCCCAGGACAAGAUGAAAAUUGCCAUAUGGACAAAAGAUGAAGGCUUUAAAUUUGAAGAAAUGUGGGUGAAAGCAAUGGACAACACAUCAAUCACACUUCAUCAAUGUCACAACCUGACACUCUACAAACUGUAUCCACAGAAUGAAGAAGAAACAAUAUAUUACAACAUGGCAGGUGAUGAGAAGAGUUAUGAACUCUCAACGGCCACUCCUGCUGAACAGCAUGAAAAUCUCAACAGUUUCCCUCCAUGGGUGAUUGGCAUGAUAGUAUUCACUCUGGCUGCACUAGGUCUACUGGUCUGUGGGUGCAGAAAGAACAGAAUCUUGGCUAGAAUAUGGAAUGGACCAUAUCCGUCCAUCUUUCAGAAAUUUGUGAACAACAAGCUCCAGGGGGAUUCCAAUGCAGAUAGAGCUAGGAACCAACGACAAGACGCUAACAACCAUUCAUUGUUGCCACCAGAUGUUACCAUUUACAUGCCAACAUGUUGCCAGGGAGAGGAAGAUCAGGCAGGAGAGACUGGAGAACCAGAGGAACACAAUGAACUGAACCCUUUCAUCCACCCUGACUCCAGCGACCAAAUACAGGAAGGACUUGAGGAAAACCAUCUGGAGGAAUAUGUUGUCAACAUGGAUGAACAGGAGCCAGGACAGGACAGGGAAGAGGGGGAAUGUAAACCGGCGGAGAAAGGAAAUGCUGAGCAGACAGGUGCCGGAAUGCUGGAACAUGGAGACUGUACGACUAGGGAUGUGGUUUCUGGUGAUGCUGUGGAGGCUCACAGUCCUCAAGAUGACCCCCUUGUUGCGCUGAACAAGGAGGAAAGGCACUCCGAAUACUCUCAUUCCUGUGGUGUCACUAAGACCAGUGGCAAAGGAAAGAGAGACAACACAAAGAACUCUGGUGGAACAGAGCGGACACAGGAGGAACAACCCAACAACGUGGAGUUUGUUGGGACAACGACAAAUGAAGAAAGAAUUGUAUAACCACUAUCAUUAUUAUUAUUAUUAUUACUAUUAUUAUAACAUAUAUAUAUAUAUAUAUAACAAUAUUAUAACAUAUAUGACAAUAAUACAGUGUUUCCCCUUCCAUUGUUUUGUGGGGCUUGUCAUGCGACUUCCAUUGAAUGGGACACAACAUUUUGGUCUACCCCCCCCCCUGAAAAAAUCCAAGGGGAAACACUGCAAUAUAUUGUAUUACAUAGAAUAAAUAUUAUCCAUAUCAAAGUCAAUAGUUGUAGAAAGACAUUUACAAUAUUAUUAUAAUAUCUGAGCCAUCAUCCCCAAGAGCCCUUGCGAUAUCUUAACUGGGUGUAGUUGCUUCUUCAACCCAAGUAGUUAAACAAACCAUCAUUCAUAUAUUCAUUACCCUUAUAACGCAAACUCAAGGGGCUUUUUGCGCUCAUUUAAAUCUUUAUCGUAAUUAUAUUAUUAUAUAAGUCUUUACUCUAGAAUGAAUAUCAUACUAUAACUGUGUAGAGAUACAGAAAUACUGUUUCUCGUGUCUCCUCAGGAUGAACUGUUGGUUGACUGUUGGUAGGAUUAUAUUUGGAUGUUGUUGUUUUUGAUGUUAAAAUUCAGAAUGUGGAAAUGGCAGUUCUGUUAUAGUUCUACGGGAACCGUGACUAUAUCAAACAUGGUUUAUAUGGUUUACAAUACGAUGACAAAAUACUGCCAUCCUAUUGUAAGUUCCCGCUCAUGAAAUUUGUACCAAAAUUGUUACAAAAACAUUUUUGGGAAAGAGUAUGCAAAACUAGCCUCCUUGGUAUUAGUAUAGGUAUUUACAUUUACAUUUAGUCAUUUAGCAGACGCCCUUAUCCAGAGCGAAUACAGUAAGUACAGGGACAUUCCC